GAGAGCCAUUUGCCAGCCCAGUCGGUGUGAGAUGGUGCCGUGGUGAAGAUGGCCGCUCGGAAGUUGCUCAAGUUUCUCAUCUUGUUCGACAACUCAAGUCUCCUGUACUUCCCGGGCCAGUUCCUGAGUGGCAGAGUUCUGGUGGAACUGGAGGACGACACACCAGCCCUCGGUCUGCAUUUCCAUGUGGUGGGGGAAGGGGUGGUGCGGCUCCGAAGUCAGCGACAGGAACGCGUGUAUGACCGGGAGAACUACAUUGAUUUCCGCAUGAGGCUACUCGGGGAGCCAGGUCAGGGUGCCGUUCUGCUGUCCCCUGGAAUCCACAGCUUCCCGUUCAAGCUUGGCUUACCACUGGGUUUACCAUCAACAUUCCUGGGGAAACAUGGCUGGGUUCAAUACUACUGCAAGGCUGCACUGCGAGAACCAAAUGGCCUGACACACAAGAACCAGCAAGUGUUCAUCGUCAUGAACCCUAUUGACCUCAAUCUGGAGCCUCCCAUUCUUGCACAACCAUUUCGGUGUGAGAUUGAACACAAGCUGGGAGUAAGUUGUGUCAACUCUGGCCCAGUGGUAUGUCGCGUGGCCCUCGACCGGGGUGGCUAUGUGCCUGGAGAAACAAUCGGCAUCUCUGCCACGGUCUACAACAAGAGUCGAGUCACCAUCAAGGGGACAAAGGCUUCUCUCACUGAGACGAUACAAUAUAUGGCCCGCAAUAAAGUCCUACAAACUGAGACAAGGGAGCUAGCGUCACUGAAUCGGGGCAAGAUACGACCUGGAGACAGUGACGAAUGGAAAAAUGAGCAGUUAUAUGUUCCGCCCCUCCCGCCUACAAACCUGCGGGGCUGCCACCUCAUCAAGGUUCAGUACGACGUCUAUUUCAUCAUUGAUCCAAAGAGCUUCGAGAAAGAGAUUAAACUACAGCUUCCAAUUAUGCUCGCUACUUACCCCCUGCGCUCACCAGAUGGCACCUUGCACCGCAAGCAGGGCACGCACUAUCCAUCAACAUUGCCCAUAUUUCGCCCGUGGCUAGAUGAGAAGAGUGUUGAGUGACGAAGUUUCUGCAGGAGAAACAUAAAUGAUAUUAACAACAGAGCCAGCGUUCUGAGUUUGGGAUUUGAAUUCCUGUCCUCUGGCAUAUACAAAGGAAAUCAACCAGCCACUUCAACAAAGUCCACUUGCCUACAAUCUCGUCUCAUCUCUCUCAUCCGCUUGUGUCUUGGCUAUACAGCAACACCUGUAAACGGCACAGUUCAUAUACUGCCCAAGAGCAGGGCCAUUAGAAUAAAAUAGAUUAGUAUUUAUUUACAUUCCACAGAACUUCACAGGCCCAAGCCAAGGACGAUUAUAAAUUAAUAAUUCCAGACCAUGGUGAAUGUAGUCGCAGCUUAUUUUAGGAUAAAUUAUUGUUUUUACCUGGAUGUACUGAGGAAAGUCACAAAAAGUAAGUUAGGAUAGCUAGUGCGUGGACCAAGAUUCAAAUCUGAGACCUACUAAAAGUAAACCAUAUGAUCUAACCGCAAUUCUGUCCACUAUAAGGUCAUAAGGUCAGACCUGAAGUUUUUUUCUCUAAAUUAUGCAGUUGAAGAGGGACUUCAUAGGGCACUGCUGGUAAAAAAGACAACAACACAAAAUAAGACGCCUGUUAACCAUUAACCGAUUAUAUGUAUCAAGUGCUAGAAACAUUUCUCUACAUCUUGCAGUAUGGUUCCUCACCAGGCAGUGAGAAAAGUGGGCAACACUGUAUUUAUCUAACAUUGGAGUAUGAUGUUAUGAAUCGAGUUACAUCUGCCUUCCUUACAGACUGAAGCCAGAACUUGUAAUAUCUCUGCAAUGAGUGUAUUUCACAAGGUUAAGAGCCAAAACUGUUUUGCUGGAAGGUUGGUAUAACUUCCAUUACAGCUUGAUGUAUAGAGAGAUUAAUUACCAUAUAUUUUAGAAAGUAUACAUAAAUUAAUAUUAAUAAAAUUUCUAUAGCUGUUA